AUGUCUUCCGAUCGUACUCCGAAGUAUCGGCAGGAAAUCCAGCAGAUGAUGUUCGUCUCUGGAGAGACCGCCGAAGCCUCUGUUGAAACCACUACUCUUAUUGAGGACAUUGUGCGCCAACAGGUUGUUGAAAUCCUUGCUCGUAGCACCGCCCUAGCGACUCGUCGUGGGGUUCGAUCUAUCUCUACAGAUGAUCUGAUCUUUCUCAUUCGUCAUGACAAGGCCAAAGUGUCGCGCCUGAAAACUUUUCUAUCUUGGAAGGAUGUCCGCAAGAAUGUGAAAGACUCCGACGACAAAGGAGGCGCUGACGCCGCCGAUUUUGCAGGAGCUGAUGACCCGAUCGCCGGCGGGGUUGUCGCAGGUCCCCAGGAUGUCGCAUCCAAGCCCAAGAACAAGAGAGCUCGUGUUGGACUUGCUUGGGAUGUCAACAGUUUUUACUCCAUUCAAGUUCCCGAGAGGGAAGAUGAAGAAGAUGAGGAGGAAGAGGAGCAAAAUUACGCCACCCUCCAGCGCCUCGCUGCCGCUGACGAAAGAACCAAGAACAUGACCCGUGAGGAAUACGUCUUUUGGUCUGAGUGUCGACAGGCGUCCUUUACCUACCGCAAGAGCAAGCGUUUUAGAGAGUGGGCUGGUUUUGGAAUUGUUACCGAGUCGAAACCCAACGAUGACAUUGUCGAUAUUCUUGGUUUCUUGACCUUCGAGAUUGUACAGACUCUGACCGAGGAAGCUCUCAAGGUCAAGGAGCGCGAAGACCGCGAGAAAAACCGCCGCGGAGGAGCUGAGAACGGGGCUGAAACCAAGAAGCGCAAGCGCGAGACUGGACUCUUCGAUCCUCCUGAGGAAGGCCGCACUCCUGUCGAACCGCGUCAUAUCCGCGAAGCGUACCGCAAGUUGCAGGCUACUCCCAACAAGAACACUGCGAUGCUCCUGCACAAUGGCCGCCUUCCUGCCCGCAUGCCUCUUAGAUUGAUCUGA